AUGCAGAAAGUUUUAAUUAAAAAAGUUUUAGCCAUAUUUUUGGUGUUAGCAAUUAGCACCCAUUUGGCUUCUUGACAACCAGUAGAUUAUAAGAUGAGCUUAAGAGAGAAAUGCGAACUAUACGGAUUUGGGUACGAAGAGUACCAAACCACCACUCAAGAUGGCUACAUUCUCACUUUGAUGAGAGUUCCUUACGCCCCAAACAAUAGAGACGAGCAGGACAAGCCCCCUGUGUAUAUGAUUCACCCUAUUAAUGGACAUGGAAACCUGCUCUUUUAUGACGGCCCUGACCACUCUCCAGGAUUCGAACUAGCCACAAGAGGAUUCGAUGUGUGGGUUCUGAACUUUAGAUUUACCCAAGUCAGUAGAGCCCAUGUCAGCUUGGAUCCUGACACAGACCCGGAAUUCUACGACUACGACAUGGUCACACUGAGGUACGACCUCAUGGCUGACAUCCAGUUCAUCAUCGACAACACCAACUACGACUCUAUUGCUGUCUAUGGGUAUGGCUUCGGAGGAACAACACUGUCUUAUGCCAUGGCCAUUGAGCCAGAGUUUUUCUCAACUAAUGUAAAUAUUGCGAGUCUGAUUGCAGCAGGGCCGUCAUACGCUCACACUCAGUCUCUCGUAUAUAUAGGACUUGCAGAGGCUGAUGGGCUUUUGAAUGUUGUGAGAUCGAUGGGCAUUAACUAUGUGAACCCAACUGAUUUCCCAACAAAUGUUUUAAAUCAAAUGUUCUGUUAUCCUUACCCUCCUCUUUGUAAUGCUUUUGUUAGACUUGUCUCAGCAGAAUCAGACCCAUACAAUGAUGAAGAUGGAUCAAUCAGAAGUCAGCUAUUCCAAGAUAACUCACUUACUAUUCAACUUUCUCAACAUUUAGUACAAAGUGUCAGAACUGGAAGAGUUUCAUACUUUGAUUACGGACCUGAAGGAAAUCUUGAAGCUUAUGGAACAGAAGAAGCUCCACUAAUUCCUCUUGAAGAUACUAUAAACGAUGUAGCAUUAUUAGGUUCAGAAAUUGACCACGGUACUGCUCCAGAAGAUAUUAAUGAUUACUGAGACCUUCUUGGAGAUCGUUGAGUGUUCCUCAAGUAUUAUUCCCUUUCCCAUUUCGGGUUCCAAGAUGCUGAUAAUGCUGAAUACAUCAUAGAUUUGCAGGAUUUGUACGAAGAGUAUGAAGACCCAAGGCCAACCUCAGACUAAAGUUGAUUCUAAAAGUUAUAAAA